AUGUAUGAAGCCGGUGCCGAUACCACAUACUCUGCUCUGCUGAAUUUCAUCCUCGUUAUGACCGUCUUCCCUGAAUACGAACGAAAAGCUCAAGCGGAAAUCGACCGUGUCGUUGGACUUGGAUGGAGACUUCCAGACUUUCGAGACGGCGAAUUACUGCUUUAUGUGGAGGCAAUCCUGCUGGAAAUUCAGAGGUGGGCAAUUCUUCACGAUGAGGUGUACCCCGAUCCCUACACCUUCAACCCAGAACGGUGGACAAAGGACGGGAAAGAUCAAUACGUGUCUCCUCUGCUUUCGGUUUUGGCCGACGGAAUACCAGGAAACCUCGUGCUGAUCACUCUCUUUGGGGUAGCAUCUGUCCCGGACGACCAACCUCGACAAUGUGGAUCUCAGUUACUAGUAUCCUCGCGGUCUUCGAUAUCUCGAGGCGGUGAAUGA